CCUGGGGCCGGGAGGUAACUGUUGCAGCCCGCGGGAGCUGGAAGGCGACUCCGAGUCUCCCGUCCCGAGAGACAGGGAGGGGGCGGCCGCGGACGGUCCCGAGAGCAGUCCCUCUGCCCCUCUCCUCCGCCAGCAUGUCGCGGACCCUGCCGCUCCUCCGCCCGCGCGGCGGAGACCCCGGGCCGCGGCGGCGGGCGCAGCCCUGACGCGCAGCCGAGCCGGGGGGUGCCCCGAGCGCGCGGGCGGAGGCUGAGGGAGCGCGAGCCGCCGCCGCGGUCCGAGCGGGGCGUGUGGAGCCCCGCGGCCAGCCGGGUCCGGGCCAUGAGGAGGGACGAGCGAGACGCCAAAGCCAUGCGGUGCCCGCAGCCGCCGGAGGGGGCCGGCUCGCCCCCCGAGAGUCUGAGGAACGGCUACGUGAAGAGCUGCGUGAGCCCCCUGCGGCAGGACCCUCCGCGCGGCUUCUUCUUCCACCUCUGCCGCUUCUGCAACGUGGACCUGCUGCUGCCGCCGCCGGCCUCCCCCCAGCAGCCGCGCCGCGGCUCCCCCUCCGCCCGGGCGCGCCUCUCGCUGGGCGCUCUGGCCGCCUUUGUCCUCGCCCUGCUGCUCGGCUCGGGGCCCGGGAGCUGGUCUGCCUGGGCCGCCCGGCUGCGGACUCUGCUGAGCGUGUGCUCGCACAGCCUCAGCCCCCUGUUCAGCAUCGCCUGUGCCUUCUUCUUCUUCACCUGCUUCCUGACCCGGAGCAAGCGGGGCCCCGGGCCGGCCCGGAGCGGCGGCGGCUCCUGGUGGCUGUUGGCGCUGCCAGUCUGCUGUUACCUGGGGGACUUCUUGGUGUGGCAGGCGUGGGCUUGGGCUUGGGGGCCCGGAGACGCGGGGGCCCCAGGCGCGGCCCCGCACACGCCCCCGGCGGUGGCGGGCAGGUUGUUCUCGGUGCUGGGCUGCGUGGGCUUGCUGACGCUCGCGCACCCGGCGAGGCUCCGGCCCGGCAUCCUGGUGCUGCUGUUCUCCGGCUUCGUCUGGUGGGUCUCCUUCACCGGCCUCGGGUCGCUGCCCGCAGCCCUCAGGCCGCUGCUCUCCUGCCUGGUCGGGGACGCCGGCUGCCUGCUAGCCCUGGGCUUGGAUCACUUCUUUCAGAUCAGGGAAGCCCCGCAUCAUCCUCGCUUGGCCAGUGCCUCCGAGGACAAAGUGCCUGUGAUCAGACCCCGCAGGAGGUCCAGCUGCGUGUCGUUCGGAGAAACUUCGGCCGGUUACUCCGGCAGUUGCAAGAUGUUCAGGAGACCUUCGUUGCCUUGCAUUUCCCGAGAACAGAUGAUUCUUUGGGAUUGGGACUUAAAGCAAUGGUAUAAACCUCAUUAUCAGAAUUCUGGAGGUGGAAGUGGAGUUGAUCUUUCUGUGCUAAAUGAGGCUCGCAAUAUGGUGUCAGAUCUUCUGGUGGAUCCGACCCUUCCCCCACAAGUGAUCUCCUCCCUGCGGAGCAUCAGUAGCUUGAUGGGUGCUUUCUCAGGUUCCUGCAGGCCAAAGAUUAACCCUCUCACACCAUUUCCUGGAUUUUACCCCUGCUCAGAAAUAGAGGACCCAAAUGAGAAAGGAGAACGAAAACUUUACAAGGGACUAAACAGUAGGAAUGGCUUACCAGCUCCACAGCUGAGGAGGAGCUCUGCAACCUCAGGUCUGCCUCCCUCAGAACAGCCUUCUUCAAGGUGGGAACGCAGUAAUGGCAAGAGGCCACACCAAGACUUUGGCAUUUCAAGUCAAGGAUCCUAUCUAAAUGGGCCUUUUAGUUCAAAUCUACUGGCAAUCCCGAAGCAAAGGUCAUCUUCUGUAUCCCUAACUCACCAUAUAGGUCUAAGAAGAGCUGGUGCUUUCCCCAGCCUGAGUCCUGUGAAUUCUCCCAGCCAUGGACCAGUGUCUGCUGGCUCUCUAACUAAUCGGUCACCCAUAGAAUUUCCUGACACUGCCAACUUUCUUAGUAAGCCAAGUGUUAUUUUACACAGAUCUCUGGGCAGUGCACCCAAUUCACCAGAUACUUAUCAACAACUUAGAAAUUCUGAUAGCAGUUUGUGUAACAGCUGUGGACAUCAAAUACUGAAAUAUGUGUCAACGUCCAAAUCUGAUUCUGGCACAGACUACCACAGUGGAAAGUCAGGUGACGAAGACAGCACUGUUCCCUCAAAACAAUCAUUCAGCUGUACAGAAGCACGGCAAGAAGUGGAAACAGAGAACAGAGACUACAGAAAAUUACUUUUGGAAGGUGAUGAUCACCUAACAGAAGAGGCACAGGAUGAACAGCAACCAAAUAUUGAACAGGAAGCAUCACUGGACCUGAUUUUAAUAGAAGAUUAUGAUUCCUUAAUAGAAAAGAUGAGCAACUGGAAUUUUCAAAUAUUUGAAGUUGUAGAAAAAAUGGGAGAGAAAUCAGGAAGGAUCCUUAGUCAGGUUAUGUAUACCUUAUUUCAAGACACUGGCUUAUUGGAAAUAUUUAAGAUCCCCACUCUGCAGUUCAUGAACUAUUUUCGUGCAUUGGAGAAUGGCUACCGAGACAUUCCUUAUCACAAUCGCAUACACGCCACAGAUGUCCUGCAUGCAGUUUGGUAUCUGACAACGCGGCCAGUUCCUGGGUUACAGCAGAUCCAUAAUGGCUAUGCAACAGGAAAUGAAACAGAUUCUGGUGGUAGAAUGAGCCCUGGGCAAAUUGCUUACAUUUCUUCGAGGAGCUGCUCUAUUCCAGAUGACAGCUAUGGUUGCCUUUCUUCAAACAUUCCUGCGCUGGAAUUGAUGGCUCUCUAUGUGGCGGCUGCCAUGCAUGAUUAUGAUCACCCAGGGAGGACAAAUGCAUUUCUGGUGGCUACAAAUGCCCCUCAGGCAGUUUUGUACAACGACAGAUCUGUUCUAGAAAAUCAUCAUGCUGCAUCAGCUUGGAAUCUGUAUCUCUCUCGCCCAGAAUACAACUUCCUUCUUAAUCUUGAUCAUGUGGAAUUCAAGCGUUUUCGUUUUUUAGUAAUUGAAGCAAUCCUUGCUACAGAUCUUAAAAAGCAUUUUGAUUUCCUUGCUGAAUUCAACGCCAAGGCCAACGAUGUAAACAGUAGUGGUAUAGAAUGGAGCAAUGAGAAUGAUCGCCUCUUAGUAUGCCAAGUGUGCAUCAAACUGGCAGACAUCAACGGCCCCGCGAAAGUUCGGGACUUGCAUUUGAAGUGGACAGAAGGCAUCGUCAAUGAGUUUUAUGAGCAGGGAGAUGAAGAAGCAAACCUCGGCUUGCCCGUCAGUCCCUUCAUGGAUCGUUCUUCACCUCAACUAGCAAAACUCCAAGAAUCUUUCAUCACCCACAUUGUGGGUCCUCUGUGUAACUCCUACGACGCUGCUGGCUUGCUGCCGGGUCAGUGGGUAGAAGCAGAAGAGGACGAGGACACUGAGAGUUGUUACGAUGAGGAAGAUGGUGAAGAAUUAGAUACAGAUGAUGAAGAAAUAGAAGACAGUCUAAAUCCUAAACCGCAAAGGAGGAAAGGCAGACGGCGAAUAUUUUGUCAGCUCAUGCACCACCUCACCGAGAACCACAAGAUAUGGAAGGAAAUGAUAGAGGAAGAAGAGAAAUGUAAAGUUGAUGGGAAUAAACUGCAGGUGGAAAAUCCUUCCUUACCUCAAGCAGAUGACAUUCAGGUCAUUGAAGAAGCAGAUGAAGAGGAGGAGAGGCCGUUGGAAUGAGAGAAAAGGCAUUUGGAAGAAGCCUGGAGGGCUGUGCCCGGGGUCAGUGUGCGGACCCGCGGCGGACCAUUCCUGUGGGGACAGGCCCAGCCACUGUGAGAGGCUCCUCGCCACGCGGACUCUGCAUGUACCCUUGGUGCACAGCUCCCGCUGACCUGUGUCGCGAAGCUGUGCCUGGACGCCUUCACUGGUACACCAGUGCUCUAUCGUAAUGAUGCUUUGCUGGGUAGUAAGCGCUUCCUUUUCACGAAUGGUAGCUAGAACUAAAAAUUCAAGUGACUUCAGUUUCCAAAGUGGCCAGAACUUUUUGCUUUCAUGAAAACGGGAUUCCUAUUGUUUUUUCCCCGAAUGUGUCUUUUAGGUCUUCGAACAUUUUGGCGGGG